AGCACGGGCCCAGUCCGGACUGCUAAGACUUUGGAUUAAAAUACUUAACCACAUUUGCAACGCGUGGGUUUAACGUUUUAUUUUGUUUUAUUUUUUAAGGCGGAAUUUCCCUGUUUCCGCUGCUGGUGUACAGGCUGGGUGUGUCCCUGCGACUGCUCGAGCCCCACCCUCCGCUCCCCGCCGUAGUAGUUGUUGUUGUUAUUAACAGUCGCGCGGUGUGGCUCGUGCCAUUGUCCCCUGAUUUGUGCCAAGAGCUGGCUCGUCGCGCGCAUGCAGCAGAAUGGGUCGAGCGGGUCCAACGGUUCUGAUGGCUGCAGCAGGGAGCGCCAGUCUCUGUCCUUUAGCCCGCUGCCCUCCGCUACUACACGGGUGAGACGCUUCAUUCAGGAGAGACGGACGCUGCCUCUACCCAGAGUGAUGGUGGUAUUCUCGGCCGCAGGGGACACCGAGAAACCGAGCGAUGCCAUGUCCAGCUCGGACUCUGCGGAGGACGAUUUCCGAAAGCCGGCCUUCCCCUCGCCGAACCUCACCCUCAGCAAGCCGCUCAGCUCCCCGCUGAACACACAGGAGCAGGAGUUUCCAGAAGUCAUCUCUCUGAACGUUGGGGGCAUGUACUUCACCACUCGGCUGUCUACUCUGCGGCGAUACGAGGACACCAUGUUGGCUGCCAUGUUCAGUGGGCGUCACUACAUCCCACGUGAUGCUGAGGGACGCUACUUCAUCGAUCGGGAUGGAACAUAUUUUGGGGACAUCCUGAACUUCCUCCGAGAAGGUGAGCUUCCUCACAGGGACAGAGUGAGGGCGGUGCACAGAGAGGCUCAGUACUACUCCAUUGGCCCGCUGCUGGACAGCCUGGAGGACAUUCAGCCGCUCACGGGAGAGAAAGUUCGUCAAGCUUUCCUUGACCUGCUUCCCUAUUACAAAGACAAUCUGGAGCGGAUUGUGGAGAUUGCCAAACUGAGGGCAAUGCAGAAAAAGGCACGAUUUGCCAAGUUGAAGAUCUGCGUCUACAAGGAGGAGAUGCCCAUCACGCCAUACGAGCGCCCUCUUUUUAACUCUCUGCGCUUUGAACGCUCGGACAGCGAGGCCAAGCUCUUUGAGCAUCACUGCGAGGUGGACGUUUCCUUCGGACCUUGGGAGGCAGUGGCAGAUGUUUACGACCUGCUGCACUGCAUCGUCAGUGACCUUGCAGAGCGAGGCAUCACUGCCGAGCAGCAGUGCAUUGGUGUCUGUGACAAGCACCUUAUCAACCAUUACUACUGCAAGAGGCCAAUCUAUGAGUUUAAGAUCACGUGGUGGUGAAGCUGGAGGAAGACAGUCAUGGCCGAUCGGACCAAAAAGCAAAAGGAUGGAUGUUCCAUUUUUUUUCUAUAACUCAGCCGAUAUUGGUUUUUGUAUUGAUGUUGCCAAUAUUUUGUGCUGAUGUCUUAAAAUGUGACCCUUUAAAUCAUUCUCCAAUAUAGAUAGAUAGUUUCCCCCAAAUAUUUUUCUUUUCUGUCUUAUCAAAAUAGAAAAACACUAUGAAGAAAACAAAUUGCACUCAGUUGGCAGUUUAUUAGGAACACCUAGCUAAAACUAAUGUAGUCUAACACUGCUGCUAAAUCCUCCUCCAUGAAGAUUCUAAUGUUCAGGUUUUGUUGAAGCUGUUCUAGAGAGGUGUUGAUUCACCUGUAUGAUCAUUUUACAGUCUGUAGGUUGUGAUGAUGUUGAACUGUAUUGCAUUGAUAUAAAUAAGGUGGACAAAGUAAUAGAAACACCUAUUAAUAUAAUGCGAUAUAAGUCAACAGCCCCACAAACCUCCAGCCUCUAAAGUGAUGAUCAUACAAUUGAAUCAACACUUCUCUAAAACAGUUUCAACAAAAACUGAACAGAUUUAACGAGGUGUAACCCAAUAAGCUGGAGACUGAGUGUAAAUACCAUCACUUUCCAAUGGCACACGACUAAUACUUUAAAACGUAAGGUCAUCUGUGAUGCACAGGUGUACUCUGGGACCUCAUGACAUCAAUGUUGGGCGUGAUUACAGGUCCAACAAAGCAGACCUCUGAGCACAGCCCAUCACUUAAGAAGAAAGGGUGAAACAGACUCUGCACUUUGAGUUGCUGCAGAAUAAGUUUCUAUUUAAAACUCUAUUGACCUUCACUUGAUGACACAUUAUGACACAUUUCAGACUUAGUUUUAUUUUCUCCACCAGUGUCUUCACUAGAUGUGUUCAGGCACAGUAAUGAUCACAAGGGUUUUGGCAGCACUCAGAGCCCAGCUCACAGUCACUGUGGUUACAUGCAAGUUGAAGAACAAAACACAGUGGGAAAAAAUAUGCCUAAAGUCACAGGCUAACAUACCAUAAGUUUAGCCAUAGCUGCAAGCAGUGGUUCAUAUUUUUGCAUUCAGCUUUUCAUUUGUAAGAUGAACAAUGGAUUUUCAAGUCGCAUAGUUCUGCUUCAAGGCACGUAACCUUGACCCAAAGUGUCUUUUUAGGCUUUAAAUCUAUUUUCUUCCAACUUGUGUACAUAACCAGUGACCUAGCAUUGCUGUGACUGAAAGCAACCAGAGUAGACACUGAUGAAGACUGAAAGCUGUUGCUGACGUGCCACUCUCGCUAUGCAGCUAAUAUAAACAAGGUGUUAGAUAAAAAUCUGAAUAUGCAAAAAAUCUGAAGCCUGAGGUGACUGUCACCUCAGAAAUGGGUGACAUGAUCUGUAUCUCAUUUAAAAGCCAAUUCUGCUCAUGGUUCACUAACAUACAAAAUGUAUUCAUUAUUAUUAUUAUUACUCAUAUUAAUUAAUUCAUAACUGAUUUAUAAGUUUAACUGUAGCUUUGCCCAAAGCCCUGAACCCAAUCACUUACCACUGAUAAGUGAUUGGGUUCAGGGCUGUCUCACCACAUUUCCAGUUCUAACAUUCAAAGAUCCUUCAAGUAAAUAUUGAAUAUUGUAAGUAAGUAAACUGAAGUUAAAUGUGUAUUUUUAGGACUAAGUUUUGUUUCAGGAUACAGAUUAACUGUGAACCUGUUCCUUUUGGAUAAACAGAGUAUAUUUUAAUUAUGCAGCCUCCUGAGGAGUGUGUUUUUAAAGAUGUGAGAGAGGUUGGGUGGUAUUCAUUUUGUCAUGCUGUCAAACAGUUGUCACUUUUUAUGUGGUUCCGUAGUAUCACCAUGUAAACGGAGUUGUAUGGGAUUGCAGGAAAGUAAAUUUGUUGCACACUAAUACAAAUUUGCAAAUGUUGUCAUGGCAGAAAUAUAGUGAGAAUCUUAAAUCUAACAACUUCAGUAGUUAUUUACAUUACAACUUUAUGAAAUUCAUUGAAGCUGCCAGCUUCAGUAGAGCAUCAAAGCUAAGUUAAAUAGGUAUUUCCUACUGUACUUGAUGAUAAAGUUUGAGCACCUUGUGACUGUAACUAAGAUAUAUUUUUUACCUCAAACAGCUCCAUAGUUAUUAACUAUAGAAACUAACAGCAUAAACAUCCGUUCAUUUAUCUUCACUAAGCAAACCAACAUGCUUCUGUUGUUGAUGUAUUUCUGGUAGAUAAUGCAGGAGAGACCUAUUCCUCCUUUGGAGCACUACAAAUCUUAAUUUACCUUGUUAUGUUUUGCAAUGUUUUGAAUGUUUUUUAUAUUGUUUAUCUCUUUCUGUUAGCUUCUAGGAAGCUACACGUGUAUAGUCCUCUUUGGGUUUAGUUUGUUUAUAGUAAAAGAGCAAUGUGUGAUUUUUAAUAUUUAUGAUAAAAUUAAAAAUAACUUAA